UCGUUGAUAGACCUCACCUAUUAUCUCAACAUAGCUUCUUACUUACAUGCGCGAACAUUGCGGCGACGAUACAUUUGUUUCUGCACCGCUACCUUUUUAUUUAUUUGUUUGUUUAAAUCUCUUUUUCCUCUCCACCUGCCGAAUUCUACGCAGCCCGCUCCCACCACUCCUUUACGUGGGCAGGCAGUCGGUGUCGUCGAGAUGUCGGCCUCCACGCAACUGCAGCUGUUCCGCCGCUGGGGUCUGGCGCCGGCCCGGUCGACGGCGGCGCCCCUCUCCGCCUUCGCCAUCUCCGCCUCCGCCUCCUCCGUAUGCGCCCAGUGCCGCCGGUCCUUCGUGUCGAGCCCGGCGUCCCGCAGCGGCCACAACCGCUGGUCGAAGGUCCGCCACGAGAAGGGCGCGGCCGACCGGAAGAAGAACCUCCAGCGAAACAGCUUCUCCCAGAACAUGACCCUCUUCUCCAAACUCUACGGCCCCGAUCCGAAUAACAACCCCCAGCUGGCGGCCGUGAUCGCGGUCGCGAAGAAAGCCGGCGUGCCCAAGGCCAACAUCGACAGGGCGAUCGCGAGGGGCCAGGGCCGGUCGCCGACGGGCGAGGGCCUCGAGAGCCUCACGAUCGAGGUGAUCAUGCCGCCGUCGGUCGGCUUCCUCAUCGACGUCGAGACGGACCGCAAGCCGCGCGCGAUGGUGGAGGUCCGCGCCAUCUGCAAGCGCCACAGCGCCGCGCCGGCGUCGACCGCGUUCCUGUUCACGCGCCAGGGCCGCGUCCUGCUCGAGGGCCGGGACGGCGACUUCGACGACGUCCUGAUGAAGGCCCUCGAGGCCGGCGCCGAUGACGUCGAGCAGGACGAGAACGGCGACAUCGUCCUGUGGACCCAGCCCAACAUGACCCACCAGGCUGCCCAGAACAUGAGCAAGGCGCUGUCCACCGAGGUCCUCGGCGCCGAUAUCGUAUGGACGCCCACGGCUGACAAGAUAAAGCUCGAUGACGAGGAAGAGGCGACAGCUAUAGGCAAAUUCCUAUUAGAUCUGCGAGCACAUGCCGAUGUGCAGGGAAUCUACGCGAACGCCGAACGCGGGGCGGUAUCGGAAGACACCUGGAGGACGAUAGAGGAGUACCUCGAUUAAUUCCACCCAGUCCGCUCUUGUAUUAAGUGCAUAGUUGCGUGUCGUAACGGGACUGCCUCUUAUGCGCGAGCGGCCAUACUGUACAAUAUACAUAUCUCGUAGGGGCCGGGAAGAGUCCCCCCGUUUCAAAUCCGCCUUCAGGUAGAGCGGAGAGAGACGAUGAGUCUGUUAGCCGGCGUCUCCGACCCGAGCAUCCCGGGAGGAGGGCGGCGACAAUCGUAUAUACAUAUACCCCUGCUAAGAAUGGCCAAAGAUCUUCCCUCUCCUCCACCCUUUUUUUUUUCUUUCCCCUCUUCUUCUUUAAACCUCCGCCCCCCCAAACGCCCGUAAACGCCUAGAUCCAAUGCCCGUAACUGUAAUCGUUUCCGCCGAGUAGUCCCCC